AUGCGAGAAAUGACAAUUAUGCAAGUUAAGAAUUGGUUAGUGAAUUUUGAAUCAAAAUGGAUUAAAAAAACUAAAAAUGAUUUUGAAUUUUUUUUUAGGAAGAAGGAUUGUCGUCCAGAAAAUGCCGAACAUGUUUUGAAAUUCUUGCAAAUCACUCGCUCAAAAAAAAUUGCGACGUUCAUAUCGAGUUCUGGUUCCGGGAGAUCUUCCAUUUUCGAAUCGAUACUGGAAACAUUAUCGAACAACAUGAAAUGCGAAAUCCUGGAGUUAAUUAGAACAAUCUUAGAAGUAAGUCUUGAUAGUUUUAUGAAAUUAUGAACUUCAUUUUUUUGUCAGCACGUCGUCCGACUGCAAUCAAGAACCAUCAACAGUUGUUCACAAUUUAUUAUCUGUUGUUCGAAUUUUCCAAAAAAACAAUUUUCAACAAUAAUGCGGAUUAUUUGGCAAAAAUUGACACAAAAAUCAAGCAACUUGAUGAUUUUUUGGAAAAUAAUUUUCGAAGAUCAACCAGAAUUAAUUCGAGUAAUGAUGGAAAUUCUUCAUGUUUGAAGAAACGAAACAAGCAAUGAUUGCUUAAUGCUUAUUCGAUUCAUAAUCUUAUUCUUAAUUUCAUUAUUAAUCUUAAUUAAUCUAAUAUUAAUAAUUUUAAUCUUAUUCUUAAUGCUUACUCGAUGACAUUCGUCAAAAACUUCCUUUUUUUUGUUUUUUUCUUCAAUAAAUCAGUCUUUUCUUUUCAAUCAUAAAAAGCCAGUUCUAAUUACUCUUUUACUUGCAAGAAACUAUACUGUCAAAAAAUGUCUGAAGAAAUGCAAUCUAACAUAACAUAUGAAAAAAUACUGCGGCGCUGCCAAUAGCAAAGGGUGUAAUAUAAGUAAGCCUCUCUGUGACCACGCCCAUUUGGUGGGUUGCAAGGUCCGAGGGAAGAGACGUCAGUCUAUCAAGAGAUGGCUCAACUAUAGGUUCUGAUAGGAAGCGCGAAGACGACACGGAAGACUGUGGAAGCGGAACAUCAGAAGUAAGUCUUGGGCUAAGCGGUAAUUAGGUGUGACGAUAGAAGUCACCUGUAGUGUUCGGGAUAGAACGCUGUGUUGAAGACGACAUAAAUACUAACUACGACAGAAAUCAUUUGGAAAAAAACAUACGGAAAUCAAUAAACACAUAUUCCAAAAUAAAACCCAUUAUAAAAUAUAUAAUUCUACCUUUUGGAAGAAGGAUUUGUCAAUGGGGUCCCCCUUGUUCUCAUUUUUGAAAUGUCGCAAUUGCGACAUUCCCCAUUUUUUCCGAAAAUCAUACCUUCGCGAACGUCCAAAAGGAUCCGAUCCUGGACAUUCUGAACAAAAAACACGUGAUCUAACAACUUGACCAUUUCUGACACAAGAAAUGACUAUCAUUUUGCUAAGAAUCUUUCUUAUAUAUAUUAAGUAUAUCUGUCUGUCCGCUCGACCCACUCUUGUCUUUUAAAAAAGGACAUGGAUUAUAAAAAGAAAAAUAAAUAAAUUCAAAACAAAAAUGAAAAUCGCGUGCACAAAACUAUGAAAAAACUAAUCUACCUAUGAAUUAUUUCAUAGUUUGUUUUUCAAUAAAAUCUGGAAGCUGAUCCUAUACCAUCCAGUGUAAUUCAAAGCUUCAUCUAAUCAUUUAAACACAGUAAUUUAUAAACAACUUUCCUUUAACAUUAAAAACUUUACCCAAUAUUUUUCAAUGAAGCUCAAAUCUCACCUGUUAGUUUUGCUCCCCCCCCAAACCUCAAAAUAAACUAACUUGACUGGUCCUUUCCGUGAAAAGUUGUUGAUAUCUUUGAAUGUCCUGUCCAAACGAAAAAUCUUCUUUUUCGAAAGCCUGAAACAUCUACAUUCUUUUUCUCAAAAUCUUCGCUUAUUCUUAAACUUACAUUAGAAAAUGGCAAUUCUGCAUUUGAUGGGAUCUCUGCAUUCUGUGACGGUUGUCUCCUAAAAAAUAAGAAAAUUGAAAAAUGUACCAAAUCACCCCAUUAAUAACACUUUCUGCGCUGGAAAAAACCAGAAAAAUGAUUCAGUUCGGAAAAAAAAACGUUCAAUCAAUAGUUUCUUUUGAAAUAAAAAACAUAUCUCUCUCUCUCUAACCAUCUCUCCAUUUCCCACACUCUCUCAUCUACCCUGCAAAAAAACAACAAAAUAAACACGCUAAACAACGCGCACGCGGAGUAUCGUUGUUUUUUUUCUUUUUUUCCCGACUUUUAUUUUUAAAAUUUUUUGCUUUUUUUCUGUUUUUGAGUGGUUUUUUUCAGCGCAGAAAGUGUUAUUAAUGGGGUGAUUUGGUACAUUUUUCAAUUUUCUUAUUUUUUAGGAGACAACCGUCACAGAAUGCAGGGAUCCCAUCAAAUGCACAAUUGCCAUUUUCUGAUGUAAGUUUAGGAAUAAGCGAAGAUUUUGAGAAAAAGAAUGUAGAUGUUUCAGGCUUUCGAAAAAGAAGAUUUUUCGUUUGGACAGGACAUUCAAAGAUAUCAACAAUUCCUCACGGAACGGACCAGUCAAGUUAGUUUAUUUUGA